GAAGGUGCACAAACAGUCGAUUUUGAUUUGUGGCUAGUCAAUAUAAAUUGCCGCCUAAGAGUCUUUUGAUGAUUUUUGCUUUGGCAGAUUUAUUCUGAACGCGAAUUAUUUCAGCUAAUUUGUGGCAAGUUCUUUCUUGGUUUGUGCAUGGCAUAUCUUUUUCAAUGCUUAUAUCGAUUUAACUUAGAAUGCCGUUAAAGAAAAUGUAUGGUUAUGGAGGUCUCUAGUCUAUGCGCAAAUGUUGCAUUUAUUUUUUAUUAAACUUGUCGCUUUUACAUUUAUGACAUUGUGAAAUUAUUUAGUGUACUGUGACCUUCAAGCCCUUUGAAAGAUCACAUUGUGUAAUCAGAAGAUAAUUUAUGUGUCUGGUGUAAUUUUUGAAAAUAAAAAUACUGAUGUAAAACAAUGAAAUGAAUUAACAAUGACAACCAUAGAGCAACCGAAGGCAACCCUGUUUGACAGGGGAUGUUAUAUUUACCAUACAUUGGUGGAUGUCGUGCAGUCAUAUCUUGUUGAAGCGGCUUACUUCAUGUUCUUCUUUUCAAGGCACAUGUCUCUCCCUCUGUUUCAAGAAUAUGUUCAGAAGGAGAUACUCCAACAGAGUAAAGUGAAUGGAACGACGAUGCCCCAGAAAGCCCAGAAGGAUAGUGCGUUUGUUGUUUUGAGUCUUCAGAUAGCUGAAGGUCUGCCGGCUGUAGUCACGGUGAUCAUACUGGGAGCGUUAAGUGACAGGACUGGACGUAGACGAAUACUGUUGUGGCUGCCCGCGCUUGGCAGUGUGAUCUACAACUUCAUCUAUAUAAUGAUCCAGUACACAGGCUGGUCACUGGACGGGUUAUUUAUGGCUUCUGCUAUACGCGGCCUAAGUGGUAGUAUGACCGCAUUUUUGGCAGGUGGAUCAUACUAUGCAAUUAAUGUUGUGAAGCCACAUCAAAGAACAAGCAGGCUGGCGCUGCAAGAGCUUCUAAAUGGGGCAGCAUAUGCUCUUGGGAAUAUUAUUGUAGGAUUUUCAGUCCAGGCCAAUGGCUUUUUGCCGCCAUUUUGGUUUUGUUUCGUUUGUAGUCUUAUUUCAUUGAUAAUUUCUUUUUUUUUUGUAAAAGAGAUAAAAUCUGAAACUGCAGUUAAUUCAGCUCGGCGUGAAUUUACUGAAAACUGUUGCAUAGAUACCUUCAAACCUUUAGGACGAUUUUUUAAAUGUCGAAACAACAUAAAACUGUUCCGCGUGUGGCUAGGGAUCUUGGCAUUUCAGACAUAUGCUGUUGUCCAUAUCGGACAGAUCAAUACGCUGGUAUUAUACCUUCUGGGUCAACCAUUGGCUUGGGAAUCCAUAAAAAUAGGGAUCUUUCUGUCAAUUGCUAUGGCAUGUGCAGCAGUGGGGACCGGUAUCCUACCGCCAAUCCUGAAGAAAUACUUUGUCACGUUUACUGAGGCUCACAUCGCUCUGCUGGGAUACGUGUCCAAAGCCAUUGGAACGUUGUGGAUAGCUGGCAUCCAGAAUGGGGUAGUGGUGUAUAUAGCUAUCUUUUUCUUGGUGUUUGAGCUUCUGCCGUUCCCAAUGCUGAGAGCCAUAGUGGCCCAGGGCAUAGAGCCCUCACAGCAAGGUUCAUUAUUUGCGCUGAUGCACUCAGGGGAGAGCAUCUCGUAUUUUCUGGCGCCACUCAUGUUCCAAUCCAUCUACGCACACACUCUGCAUUUCUACGCUGGAUUAGUCUUCGUUGUUUCAGCAUUGCUGCUCAUCCUGCCAGUGUCUCUUACUUUAGGAAUACGAUACAUUGACAUCCAUUCACCAGAACUGGGGUACGAGACUAUGGAUGGAACAACUAGUGGGAUUCUAGGAGACGAUUCCCAGCCUGACACAGAGAAUGGGCCCAGGCUUAUGACAACUGCAUUGAACGGGAACCAGACUCUUUCUGAGAUAGGGGACCCUGUAUAGAAGUUCAUUGUAUUAGAAUAUAGAUGAGCUGCGUUCGUGGAAAACUGGGCUUAAUGCAUGUUGGUAAAGUGUCAUCCCAGAUGAGAUUGUGCAGUCAGCACAGGCUUAUCAGGUAUGACAAUUUCUGCUUCAAGUGCAUUUUCGUUCAAAGAGUUUUCCUAUGAACGCAUAAAUUCCAUUAUAGCGGAUUCUCAUACCCGAUUAGCCUGUUUGAACCUCACAGGCUAAACUCUGACAAUAUUUUACCCCAUGCAUUAAGCCCACUUUUCCCUGAACGAGAAUCAUUUAAGGAACUGAUAGUGGAAUAAAUCCUUUAGUGGUUCACAGUAGCAUGAAAUUAAAUCUACUGGUAAAUCGUCACUUUUAACAAUAUUUUGGAUAAAUUUAAUGACUGUAUUUGAUAAUAAGAUCUUUUGCCACAGCCUUUGCAGUGCAGCGAUAGAAUAUGUGACAGUUUUUGAGUGUUGAAAAUUAUUAUUGACACUGAUUAUAAUGUGAUUACUUUAUAUAUGCUAUACUAGUGUUGUUAAAUGUAUAAGAGAAACUAGUAUUUGUAUACUAUUAAGCAAAUGUUCAUAUAGUUCCUAUUGUUUUUGGUCAACUGUUAAAAGCAAUCAUUGUUGGUGCCAAAGUUUUUGUAUUGUAUUGUUUUCUUGCUGUGCAAUUGUUAUUGUACUCUGUAUUGUUUGCAUCAAAAUUGUUAAUGACUAAGCUUUUGUCAUUGUGUAUAUACAUUGUAAGUAAGUAAUACUUUAUGGAAUGUUUGUCAUUAAAGUUAUGAAACAAUUUUUUAUUUACAAUCAUCCUCAAAAUCAUGCAUUGUAAAAUUUAUCAGUAAUUUUGGUAAUAUUAUAUCGUGUCUUUUAUUCAAUGCUCUUGAAGUACAUGUACAUAAAUUUAUUGUAAUUAUAUAUAGUUACAGGGGACAUUGAGAGUAUAUUUGUAGCUGAAUGUUGUCAAUUCUGCCUCUAAAACUAAUUGAGCCAAGUCCUUUCAAUAUCUGUUACAAAGUAUUUGCAUUCUUUUUGUCAAUACAUGUCUAGUUUUAACACACUUAGAUCAAAAUACAGGAGUUGCAGGUUUGAUUCCUCCAUACACCUUAUCUAGAAAUCUAAAACAAUGUUUCGCUUACUGUAUGAGGUGAAACCAAGGUGCAUUAAACUAGUUUCUUUGCAGUUUAAGAUUGUUUCUGCAAAUAUUCCUGAGGAGAAAUCGAAGUCUUUUUUAUAAUUUAUUACAUAGUAGUACUUUACAAAUAAUGAUUAAUUUUAUCUACAAAUAAUGAUGUAUUUAUUAUUUUCAAAGACUUUCACAUAGUGCAUGUAUAUUUAUGCCCCCAAAGGAGGGCAUAUAGGGAUCGGACUGUCCGUCUGUCUGUCCGACUGUCCGUCACACUUUGCAUUUAGGUUUUGAAACAUGCUCAUAACUUCUAUGUAGUUUGAGCUAUAACCUUCAUAUUUGGUAUGCAUGUGUAUAUGGACAAGGCCUUUCCAUAGGCACAAAAAUGUUGACCCCUGUGACCUUGACCUUGAACUUAGGGUCCGCGUUUAGGUUUCGAAAUCUGCGUUUAGGUUUCGAAAAAUGCUCAUAACUUCUAUGUCCCUUGAGAUAUAACCUUCAUAUUUGGUAUGCAUGUGUAUAUAGACAAGGCCUUUCCAUACCCACAUUUUUUUUUACCCCUGUGAUCUUGACCUUGAAGUAAGGGUCUGCAUUUAGGUUUCUAAAUCUGCGUUUAGGUUUCGAAAAAUGCUCAUAACUUCUAUGUCACUUGAGAUAUAACCUUCAUAUUUGGUAUGCAUGUGUAUAUAGACAAGACCUUUCCAUACGCACACAAAUUUUGACCCCUGUGACUUUGACCUUGAACUUAGGGUCUGCGUUUAGGUUUCGAAAGCUGCGUUUAGGUUUGGAAAAAUGCUCAUAACUUCUAUGUCCCUUGAGAUAUAACCUACAUAUUUGGUAUGCAUGUGUAUAUGGACAAGGUUUUCCAUAUGCACAAAAAUUUUGAUCCCUGUGACCUUGACCUUGAACUAAGGGUCUGCGUUUAGGUUUCGAAAUCUGCGUUAAGGUUUCGAAAAAUGCUCAUUACUUCUAUCAAAGCGUUUAUAGGGGGCAUAUGUCAUCCUAUGGUGACAGCUCUUGUUCAAACUGAAUUUCAGUAAAUGUGUGUUUGUAUGAUUGGGCAGUUUUUAAGAUAUAAUAACACAUGUACUAUUGUACAUGUAUACAGUUUGAAAUCCUUGUUGGAUUGUGCUUUUGUCUUUGAGCAGAAACUGCAAAGUUGUUUUGUGUUUAUUAAUUUCAUGUUGGCUUCACAUGAUCAGCUCAAAUUGUGUGAUACUACCAGGUAUAUAAACUUGUAUUCCAAUACCAAAACUGGGAAGUGGAUAUAUAGAAUUAACUCUAGUGACUUUCAAAAUCUUGCAACAGAAGAUAUUUAAAUUGUACUCUGUACUGAAGGUAAUAGCAGAUGUGUAAGCCUGUGGCUUCACAUGUGAGCAUAAUUUCUAAGAUCUGAUAAUGCAAGGUGUCAACAUGUGAGCAUAGUUUCAGAGAUCUGAUGAUUCAAGGUGUCAACAUGUGAGCAUAGUGUCCGAGAUCUGAUGAUUCAAGGUGUCAACAUGUGAGCAUAGUUUCAGAGAUCUGAUGAUUCAAGGUGUCAACAUGUGAGCAUAGUUUCAGAGAUCUGAUGAUUCAAGGUGUCAACAUGUGAGCAUAGUUUCAGAGAUCUGAUGAUACAAGGUGUCAACAUGUGAGCAUAGUUUCAGAGAUCUGAUGAUUCAAGGUGUCAACAUGCUAGCAUAGUUUCAGAGAUCUGAUGAUUCAAGGUGUCAACAUGUGAGCAUAGUGUCCGAGAUCUGAUGAUGCAAGGUGUCAAAAUGUGAGCAUAGUUUCCGAGAUCUGAUGAUGCAAGGUGUCAAAAUGUGAGCAUAGUUUCCGAGAUCUGAUGAUGCAAGGUGUCAGCAUGUGAGCAUAGUUUCAAAGAUCUGAUGAUUCAAGGUGUCAACAUGUGAGCAUAGUUUCAGAGAUCUGAUGAUGCAAGGUGUCAAUCAAUUCCUGUAUUUUUCUAUUUUUAUUUGAGCAUUGCUCUGAGAAACCGGACAUAAUGCAAGUGCAUAAAGUGUCUAAGAUUUGCCUGUGCAGUUUGCACAUGAUAAUCAGGGAAGACUUUCCGAUUCUAUGGUAUUUUUGAUUUAAAAUAAAGUAUCUUCUUAGAGAAAAUUCAUGUGGAAAGUGUUGUCCCUUAUUCACCUUUGCUGCACAGAAUAAUCUAGUAUGACACUUUACACUCGCACAGAAUAAUCUAGUAUGACACUUUACACUGCACAGAAUAAUCUAGUAUGACACUUUACACUGCACAGAAUAAUCUAGUAUGACACUUUACACUGCACAGAAUAAUCUAGUAUGACACUUUACACUCGCACAGAAUAAUCUAGUAUGACACUUUACACUCGCACAUAAUAAUCUAGUAUGACACUUUACACUGCACAGAAUAAUCUAGUAUGACACUUUACACUCGCACAGAAUAAUCUAGUAUGACACUUUACACUGCACAGAAUAAUCUAGUAUGACACUUUACACUGCACAGAAUAAUCUAGUAUGACACUUAACACUCUCACAGAAUAAUCUAGUAUGACACUUUACACUGCACAGAAUAAUCUAGUAUGACACUUUACACUUGCACAGAAUAAUCUAGUAUGACACUUUACACUCGCACAGAAUAAUCUAGUAUGACACUUUACACUGCACAGAAUAAUCUAGUAUGUCACUUUACACUCUUACAUUAAUCCAGGUUUUCACAGUGUGGUUUUUAAUUGUAUCCCCACUUAAGGGAAAUUUUGGUUAAUAAUAACAUUGCAUCAAGCUCUAAUACUUGUACGUGUGUAAUGUUAUUGAAUGCUUGCUUUAGUAACGUGUUGAUAUUCAUCAACGUUAUCAGGCAAAUUCCGGCAUUUUAAGUGAAAAUAAUAUUUUAUUGUUGACAUAUUCUCCAGGUAAGUUUGGUUGAGGGAUGUCAUUUGGGCCCGGCAUUUGGGGGUGUCAUUUUGUGUAUAGAUUAUUGAUGUUAGAUCUUAAGUACAUAUACUUGUAUAGUGUUUUAAUCAAAUGUUCAUCUAUGUAUACACGUACAAUAACCAUAAAUGAUAUACCUGUAAGUAAACAGUAGCUUUUUUAUGCUCCCCCUAAAUUUUUGGGGAGAGCAUAUAGUCGCCGGUUCGUCUGUCCAUGCGUCCGUCUGUGCACAAUUUUUGUCCGGGCUAUUCCUCAGCAAUUAAUGACCGUAAUUCAAUUAAACUUUAUGGGAAGCUUCAUUACCAAGAGGAGAUGUGCAUAUUAUCAGCUGGUUCUGGUCGGAUGAUUUUUCACAGAGUUAUGACCCUUUGAAAUUUUCCAUUUACUGUACAUAUAGUGCAAUUCUUGUCCGGGCUAUUUCUUAGCAACUAAUGACUUGAAUUCAAUGAAACUUAAUGGGAAGCUUCACUACCAAGAGAUGUGCAUAUUAUCAGUUAGUUCUCGUCGGAUGAUUUUUCACAGAGUUAUGGCCCUUUGAAAUUUUCCAUUGUACAUAUAGUGCAAUUCUUGUUCGAGCUAUUUCUCAGCAACUUAUUUCAGGAAUUCAAUGAAACUUUAUGGGAAGCUUCACUACCAACAGGAGAUGUGCAUAUUAUCAGCGGGUUAUGGUCGGAUGAUUUUUCACAGAGUUAUGGCCUUUGAAAUUUUCUAUAAACUGUACAUAUAGUGCAAUUCUUGUCCGGGCUAUUUCUCCCCAACUACUGACUGGAAUUCAAUGAAGCUUUAUGGGAAGCUUAACAACCUUGAGGAGAUGCACAUGUUAUUUGUGGGUUCUGGUUAGAUGAUUUAUUAUGCCCCCCUUCGAAGAAGAGGGGGUAUAUUGCUUUGCUCAUGUCGGUCGGUCUGUCGGUCGGUCCGUCCACCAGGUAGUUGUCAGACGAUAACUCAAGAACGCUUGGGCCUAGUUUAGAGAGUUAUGGCCCUUCUAAAUAUUUAAGUUGCUAAACCAUCCAUCGUAUUAUUUUGUCCAAAGUUAUGCCCCUAAAGACGUUUCCUUUUAUCUGAAUAUAUAGUGCAAUAUUGUGACAAAAAAAAACUUUAGGGAGCAUCACCCGUCUCCGACGGUUUCUUGUUUCUUAUUAAGCUCAAAAAUAAAGAAGUCUCACUCAAUAAUUACAUAUAUAAGAAAGCGGUUGAUCAGUUACCCUUAGAAUUAUUGUAUAAAUUAUAAAUACCGUCUAUAAUAUAGAGGUAAUAAUAAUUUAUGUUUUGCAACCCUCACAUCACUUGGAUAUUGAAAAGCUAUGCCUGUUAUUUAGUGAGAAAACUUCAUUUGUUUAUUGUCAAGAUUUGAAGAAAGAACUGUAAUGUAAUAAACCUGAGCUUUGUUAUACAUUCUGCAGUAUGAUAUGGUACUGGUAUGUCACAUGUUAUGGGAUAUGUGAAUAGUUUUCAGUAUGAUAUGGUACUGGAAUGUCACAUGCUAUAUGUCUGUGAAAAGAAUUAAGUUUGAUAUGGUACUGAAAUAUCACAUGUUAAAUGAUCUGUGUAUAGUUUUCAGUAUGAUAUGGUACUGAAAUGUCACAUGUUAUAUGAUCAGUGCAUAGUUCUUAGUAUGAUUUGGUACUGGGAUGUCUUAUGUAAAAUGAUAUGUGUAUAGUUUUCAGUAUGAUAUGGUACUGGAAUGUCACAUAUUAUAUGAUCUGUGUAUAGUUUUCAGUAUGAUAUGGCACUGGAAUGUCACAUGUUAAAUGAUAUGUGUAUAGUUUUCAGUAUGAUAUGGUACUGGAAUGUCACAUAUUAUAUGAUCUAUGUAUAGUUUUCAGUAUGAUAUGGUACUGGAAUGUCACAUGUUAUAUGAUCAGUGUAUAGUUUUCAGUAUGAUAUGGUACUGGAAUGUCACAUGUUAUAUGAUCAGUGCAUAGUUCUUAGUAUGAUAUGGUACUGGAAUGUCACAUAUUAUAUGAUCUAUGUAUAGUUUUCAGUAUGAUAUGGUACUGGAAUGUCACAUGUUAUAUGAUCAGUGUAUAUUUCUUAGUAUGAUAAGGUACUGGAAUGUCACAUGUUAUAUGAUCAUUGUAUAAUUCUUAGUAUGAUAUGGUACUGGAAUUCUUAGUAUGAUAUGGUACUGGAAUGGCACAUGUCAUAUAAUCUGUGUAUAGUGUUCAGUAUGAUAUGGUACUGGAAUGUCACAUGUCAUAUGAUCAGUGUAUAGUUCUUUGUAUGAUAUGGUACGGGAAUGUCACAUGCUAUAUGAUCAUUGUAUAGUUCUUAGUAUGAUAUGGUACUGGAAUGUCACAUGUCGUAUGAUCAGUGCAUAGUUCUUAGUAUGAUAUGGUACUGGAAUGUCACAUGUUAUAUGAUCAGUGUAUAGUUUUCAGUAUGAUAUGGUACUGGAAUGUCACAUGUUAUAUGAUCUAUGUAUAGUUUUCAGUAUGAUAUGGUACUGUAAUGUCACAUGUUAUAUGAUCAUUGUAUAGUUCUUAGUAUGAUAUGGUACUGGAAUGGCACAUGUCAUAUAAUCUAUGUAUAUUGUUCAGUAUGAUAUGGUACUGGAAUGUCACAUGUCAUGUAAUCUGUGUAUAGUGUUCAGUAUGAUAUGGUACUUAACUGUCAUAUGUUAUUGGAACUGUUUAUUGUUAUUAGUAUACACCUUGCUAUCUCUGUGAUAUAUGUUUAUGUUUUGCGUUGUUUUCCAUAUAUUUAUUUAUAUUGGUUAUGUUUUCAACAUAUGUAUAAAUGUAUCACCUCAUUUAGUUACCAUUAUAACUAUGUGCAUGUAUAAAUUACAAAUUGAAUUGUCUAUCUGCUUUUUAUGUCUGUUAAGAAUCAAAAGGACUUGUAUGAAGUUCCAAGAUAAUGCAGGAAAUGUUUAGGAGUCUUUUGUAGAAAAGCCAUUUUACAUUCCACAAUUAUUGGAGUUGAUAUUCUUCCAUCAAUUACCUUAAUAAAUCCAAAUAAACAACAUAAUUAUAGUCUGUACAAAUACAGA